AAUUGUUACUUGGACCAUGAGCGACUGUCGCUGUCAAAAGGCCAUCUUGUUUUUUCGUUCCUUUUUCUUGUAGACACCGACGUGUAGAAAACGUGUUGAGCGUUUCGUGUGUCGAAAAUUUCCCAAUUUAAAUCGAAAUGGGGUUCGUUAAAGUAGUAAAGAACAAGCAGUACUUCAAGCGUUAUCAGGUCAGGUUCCGCCGCCGCCGUGAGGGAAAGACCGACUACUAUGCCCGCAAGCGCCUGAUUUUCCAGGACAAAAACAAAUACAAUACGCCGAAGUUCCGUCUGAUUGUUCGUCUCAGCAAUCGCGACAUCACCUGUCAGAUUGCGUACGCCCGCAUCGAGGGAGAUCGCAUUGUGUGUGCGGCUUACUCGCACGAGCUGCCACGUUAUGGUGUGAAGGUUGGUUUGACCAACUAUGCCGCCGCGUACUGCACCGGUCUGCUGGCUGCUCGCCGUAUUCUGCAGAAGCUGCGCCUGGACACGCUGUAUGCCGGUUGUACCGAUGUGACCGGUGAGGAGUAUCUGGUGGAGGCCAUCGACGAUGGUCCGGCAGCCUUCCGGUGCUACCUGGAUGUGGGUCUGGCCCGCACCACUACCGGUGCCCGUGUGUUCGGCGCGAUGAAGGGAGCCGUCGAUGGCGGACUGAACAUUCCGCACUCCGUCAAGCGUUUCCCGGGAUACAGCGCCGAGAACAAGAGCUUCAACGCGGAAAUGCAUCGUGACCAUAUCUUCGGUCUGCAUGUUGCCAACUACAUGCGCACCUUGGAGGAGGAGGAUGAGGAGGCAUUCAAGCGCCAGUUCAGCAAGUACAUUGCCCUGGGCAUCAAGGCUGAUGAUAUUGAAACCAUCUACAAGAAUGCCCACGCCGCCAUCCGCAAGGAUCCUGCCUUCACGAAGAAACCCGAGAAGAAGGUCACCAAGAAGCGGUGGACGCUGGCCAAACUGCCGCUCGAGGUCCGCAAGGAGAAAAUCGCGAAGCACAAGGCCGAUUUCCUGGCCAAGAUCCAGGCCGACGUCGAAGCCUAAACCGGCUAAACCGUGGUCGAUCGUUCUCUUCGUGGUUCUGUCUUCUCCCGAGCAGCGGAAGGCGAGCAACAGAAAAACAUUCGUUUAUUGUUUGCUUCUUCUAUUCGCUGAAGAUAAACAUUAUGUUUAAACAGUAA